AUGGCUGUCAGAGUCCUAACAAUGGUGAUUGUCACACUCUUCAGUGGCUCACUGGGAUGCCCAUCAGUAUGUACGUGCUCCAUCAAAUAUGGACAUUAUUUUGCAGAUUGUUCCCACAGAGACUUGGAGGAAAUCCCAAUUGCUUUUCCUCCUGAUAUUAACAUUGUCACUCUGUCAGCAAACAAGAUUAGUUUGGCACGACAAGGCGUUUUUAACAAUGCCACCCAGAUGAUGUCACUAUGGAUGGCUUACAAUGAAAUCGUUUCCAUCGCGCCAGGAAGCCUCUCGCCCAUGGUUCUCCUGCGUAAUUUGGACAUCAGCCAUAAUAAAAUAACCGACUUUCCAUGGGAAGAUCUGCAGACUCUCACUGACCUGCAGAUGCUGAAGAUGAACCACAAUGAGAUGAUCAGUCUGCCCCGAGAUGCCUUUGUUAAUCUAAAAAAUCUGAGGUCUCUUCGACUUAACAAUAACAAGUUUACAACUGUAGCUGAGGGGACCUUUGAUGGUUUGAUUUCUCUCUCUCAUUUACAAAUCUUCAACAAUCCCUUUGCGUGUACAUGUUACAUGGACUGGUUCAGAAAUUGGCUCUCAACUACUAGCGUCACUAUCCCGGAACGGAAUUUUAUUAAUUGCGCUACUCCGGAGUCACUUCAAGGAGAAUUGAUCGAGAACUUAACUGAGUCAAAAUGCACAAAGCCAAAGGUUACAGUAUGGACCGUGCCAAAUAUUGACUUCACAACUUUGUAUGAGGGUGACACUUUGACUAUAAAUUGUGAGUUUGAAGGAAACCCGAAGCCAUUGGUCACAUGGACUAUUUACAGUCUAGCAGGAGAACUAAACCAGUCUUUCAAGGAUGACUUGUCUGAGUCAAACAACACAUCCAUAUUGUCCAAAUAUUCGGUCCAGAUCUUUAAUAACGGAACCCUCCUCAUCUCACACCUGAUGACUAAAGUCAGUGGCAACUACAGCUGCUCUGCCUCAAACGAAUUUGGAAUUGCAGUGGAUUCAAUUUCUUUCGAAGUGGUGCCUUUAUCAGAACAAUUAACUGCAAAGGAUGUGACCAAAACAGCUCCUUACAAUUCAACACAACAAAAAGUCAAGUCACUGUCAAUAACUAACGCAUCUGAUUUUGAAUCUUUAUCCGUCCCUUAUUUGCCCAAUACAGAGAUAGAACCUCAGUCUUUUGAAGAGUUGAUGGAUUCUUCUAAAUGUGGACUAAAAGCAAAAAAAAUACACAUCUCAAGCCUUGAAUUAAAUGGGAGCUCAGAUGAUACAAAUAACUACAUGUUUGACUUUGGCGUCAUUGCCCUUUGGGUGUCAGAAACAGAGGCAACCAUACGUCUCAACCCUCUUCUUAUGCCCAAAUACAGGCAGGCAAACCGGACUGUGGCCAUGCUUGCAUCAUUGGAAAGCCCCGACAACGCCACUGAAAACAAAUAUGAAGAAAUUACUUCACAAGGACUGUACAUCUGUGUUACCACGGCACACAAUCACUCACCUGUACUGUGGUCUCAGGUUAAAGAGGGUCUUAGCACCUACCUGCUCAGUGGUUUGCGGCCUGGUACCAACUAUUCCCUGUGUUUGACUUACAAGGAUGAAGACUGUGAGGUGCAAGUGCUCUUCACCACCAAAAGGAAGGUCCCUAAUCUGAUCAUCAUCAUCACUGUUAGCAUCUGCCUUCUGACUGUGUCCACUGUGCCUCUUCUGGGAGCCAUGUGCUUCCACUUAGUGUAUAAAUAUCAUAGCAAGACAUACAAGCUGAUCCUAAAGGCAAGAGACCAGUAUCAAAUGGACUUGGAGAGGAACCGGGCCACCAACAUCAACAGCACACCACUAACAGAGUCUCAGAGGAAUAUAAAUGUCAAUCAGUUGAAUAAGGAAGAUGUUGGUCCUGAGAGUCUGGAUGGGGAGAAGGAGGAAGAUACAGAAGAAAGUGUCGCGACUGAGACUGUCACUUUGUCUCAAUCAAGAGAGAAUCUGGAUGACUGCGAGAUUGGAUCAGACUACAGUGAUAGGCUUCCUUUAGGGGCCGAAGCUGUGAAUAUCACUAACAAAGAGUACCAGUAA